AUUCAUGUGCCACACGACAAUGGCACGAGACAAUUUUCACUAUGGGAUGGAAAGAAGUUGCACAAUAUUGGUGGGUCUAAAGGUGAAAGUAUUAGUUCCUUUCCUUAGAUUCAGCCGUGGAUGCUGUCUCCUACUACUACCUUUUGUUAAUUGAUUAAUUUAGGCAGCAAUGCAAGGAGUGUCAUGGGGUUCUGACAAUGAACAGAAGAUCAAGACCAGUAGGUUUGAUGCGCAUAUUUUGUGAAUAUAUAUAUUAGGCUGGUAGUAACAAGCUUUGGCUCACGGGUAAGCUGGCUAGCUAUGGGGGAAUUCAAGCACUUUGUAAUUGUUAAGUUCAAGGAAGGUGUGGCCGUUGACGAGCUCACAAAAGGGAUGGAAAAGUUGGUCACGGAGAUUGGUGCUGUCAAGUCCUUUGAAUGGGGACAAGACAUUGAAAGCCUAGAUGUGUUGAGACAAGGUUUCACUCAUGCAUUCUUGAUGACAUUCAACAAGAAAGAAGACUUUGUUGCAUUUCAGAGCCACCCAAAUCAUGUCGAGUUCUCGACAAAGUUUUCGGCAGCUAUUGAGAAUAUUGUGCUACUGGAUUUCCCAUCUACUCUUGUGAAGGCCCCAGCAUGAUCCUAAAGAUAUUCAAGCAAUAAAGAUUCCCUCUUUAAAUUUGUUUAGUGUAUGUUUGUGCCUGUGUCCGGUAUCUUUAGUUUUGUUAUGAGUUGUUACUACCACUCGUGCAAUUUGAAUUCGUAGUAUGGAUUAUGAGUUAUAAUGAAGAACUCUUUUUGCCUUCUAAUUGAUGGAUACUUCUAGGAGUUAGUAUUUGGUAUUGUGAAUCACCAUUUAGCUAUUUUUAUUGGCUUUAAAGGA